CGUUAAUGCCAGUCCUCUUCUACCGUCGGAUUACAGCUGUGGCGGCACGCAGUUGAAGAAUCCCCAAGCCAUAAAACGUCGAAUAAAACCAAAACAUCUUUCCAGAUUCCUGAGUCAGUAUAGAAGAGACAGCCUUGACAGCAGAAUGGAUCAAAACCAACAGCGUGGAGACUCUCAAAGCGCUGCCCCAGUUGGGGGCUUCAGGCAGGGAAAUGUUCCCACCGUGGAGCGAGGAAUCAUCAUCGGAGACAACAUCCAGUUUGGGAGGUUGAGACGUCGCUCAAAUUUGUCUCAAUCUGAGAGCUCAGGGGCCGAAGAGGAGCAUUUGGGCUCUUCUGUGGAGGCGAGUGGCUCCUACGGUCGAAGCCCCAUUCUCCAGGGCAUGCAGGCUGAGGCGGUAUGGUACAACCGCACAGCGUAUGAGCAAGCUGAGGGAGACUACCAGCGACGACUUGCCUCCAAUGGAAACGGGCCUGUCUCAUCGUCUCCUCGGAGCCCAAGCACUAAAGGAACUUUGACCUUUCACUCCAGACGCAACAACGACCAACAGCGGGAUGAGGGUCACGGUGUCACGACUGUGAAGGCUUCUGGUACCCCUCACCGUCAGCUGGGUAAAGGUCGCAAUCGCACUUCCUCUGAGACCGAGCAGGGGGGCAAGGGCAGCAGGGGUCCGAACCCAAGGAAAAGGGGCAUCUCCGAGACCGAAGGCAGGCCACGAUGGGACAAUACCAACAUGAGUGGAUUGCAGUGCCUUGCCGCAGAGAACAUCUGGUUCGACAAACACCGCUACGAUGAAGCAGAGAAGCACUUCUACGAGGGAGCAAACGGCCCCACCACCCAGCAGCAGCAACAGGAGGGGCAGGUAAAAACGGCUCAGCAUGCCAAAGGUCGCCAGCAGAAACCGAGGCACAGAAAUUCAUCCUCUCAUGGAGCAGGAGACCAGGAGCUGGUUACACGCAUGAAGUGUCUGGAGCUGGAGAACCACACUCUGCACAAAGUGGUCGAGGACAUGAGGGCAGCUCUGCAGAAGCUGGAGUCCAGAGUGGCUGUCCUGGAGAAGUCCCCUGCACCAGCAGCUGGCCCCUGUGCUAAGGCUGCUCCAGUACAAGCAACUCCAGUCAAACAGGUAAAGGUGACGAAUGGCGGCGAUGAUGAAGACGAUGACAUAGACUUGUUUGGCAGCGAUGAGGAAGAUGAGGAGGCAGAACGCCUCAAGCAGGAGAGACUGGAAGCCUACGCCGCCAAGAAAGCAAAGAAACCCACCGUCAUCGCCAAGUCCUCCAUCCUGCUGGACGUCAAGCCUUGGGACGAUGAGACCGACAUGGGAAAGCUGGAGGAGUGUGUGCGGUCCGUGCAGAUGGACGGGCUGCUUUGGGGGGCUUCGAAGUUGGUCCCAGUCGGCUAUGGAAUCAAGAAGCUGCAGAUCAACUGUGUGGUCGAGGAUGACAAGGUCGGCACAGACAUCCUGGAGGAGGAGAUCACCAAGUUUGAGGAUUAUGUCCAGAGUGUAGAUGUCGCUGCCUUCAACAAGAUCUAACCUUCAAUACCAAAGUGUUGAUGCUGCUUACAGCUAGUGGGGUUAAUAAAGCUGAACCUAGAGCAUAAA